UCAAAAAUCCGAGUUUCCGUGCGUAAGCGACCGCUGAACGCGAAAGAACAGUCGAGAAAAGAGCGCGAUAUUUGUACGAGCGAUGAUAUUUCGCGCGAGCUCACGGUUUGGGAACCUAAAGUGAAGGUUGACUUGACGCGAUUCGUAGAGAAGCACGCCUUCUCGUUUGACGCCGUCUUCGACGAGUCGGCGUCCAACGACGACGUGUACGUGAGCGAGGUCGCGCCUUUGGUGGAGUUUGCGCUCAGCCGCGCUAAUGCGACGUGCUUUGCGUACGGACAAACGGGAAGCGGGAAGACGUACACGAUGCAGCCGUUGCCGGGACGCGCGGCGAGGGAUAUUCUCGCCGCCGUCAAUCGAGCCGAAUCCGCCGACAGUCGCGCAGAUCUGCAACUCUGGGUCAGCGCGUUUGAAAUCUACGGCGGACGCGUUUUCGACUUGCUUAACGGACGACGAAAACUCCGCGUGCUCGAAGAUUCCAAAUCACAGAUUUGCGUCGUUGGAUUGCAAGAGUACCGCGUUGACGCCGACGACACGUUCGAUCGACUCGUCGAGCACAGCACAAAGGCUCGAUGCGUCGGUAGCACGGGUGCUAACGCAGAAUCAUCUCGAUCGCACGCAAUAUUACAGCUCGUGCUGAAGAAACCGAUCGAAUUAAAGCAUCGAAACGCAGUGGCGGCGGCGCUAGCGCCGAACGACGCGCCUGCAACGGAAAUCUUUGGCAAACUUUCCUUUAUAGAUUUGGCUGGGAGCGAGCGCGGCGCGGACACGACGGAUAACGAUCGACAAACCCGCAUCGAGGGCGCGGAAAUCAACAAAUCUCUGCUCGCACUGAAAGAGUGCAUACGUGCGCUUGAUUCAGGGGCGUCGCACGUGCCGUUUCGCGGGUCAAAACUCACGGAAGUGCUUCGGGAUUCGUUCUUGGGGGAUUCGCGAACGGUGAUGAUCGCGAACAUCUCCCCGGCGGAGGGUUCGUGCGAGCACACGCUCAACACGCUGCGAUAUGCCGAUCGUGUAAAAGAGCUCACGCGUGGUACUAGCAGUGGGGAACCGAUCGUGGCGCCACCAUCGUUGACCACGGCAUCGACACCGACUCGGGAUCCGCGCACGAUGGCGUUUGCGCCGCGAGCGUCGACGCCCGGCGCAACGCGACAGUCGCUGAUUCGAUCCACGCCUCCACAAGAUGGUUCGAGCGCGCCUUCGCGCGUGAAUGGUCGAAAAUCCACGACGAGUGCGAGUCGGCGCGCGAGCGUGAGCGCGACAACGCUUCCGACUUUCGUCGACUCGACGGCGAGCAUGUCGCGAGAAGAAGCCGAGCAAGCGCACGACGCGCUCAUCAAUGUCAUUCUCGGUGAAGAAGACUCCAUAAUCGCCGCCCAUCGAGGGCACAUCGAGAGAUCAAUGGAGAUGGUCAAGCACGAGAUGGAGUUCCUCGCUCGUGUGGACAAGCCAGGAUCGGCGGUGGACGCGUACGUCGACGAACUAGACGCGGUGCUCGCGGAACGCGCCGCAGAUGUCGAACGUUUGCGCGCGCGCGUCGAUAAAUUUCGCACGCUCCUCAGGCAAGAGGAGGAGUUA